AUGAGCCGCCGCCGCAGCCCACGCCUGAAUCGCCAGACCCACGCCAGCCAGGCCGUGGCGAACGCCGGAAUGGCCGUCCGCCGUAGCCCGCGGCUCCACCCCCAAACCCCCUUGAGCACCGGAGCGACCCGCCGACGCAGCUCGCGGCUCAACCCCCAAAUCCACAUCGGUGAGGAGGGCGCCGGGGUGACCCGCCGGCGCAGCACGCGGCUCCACCGCCAAGUCCACGCGAGCGAUGAGGGUGGCGCCGUAAUAGGCCUCCGCCGAAGCCCGCGGCUCCACCCACAGAUCCCCGUGAGCGAGGAGGACGCCGGAGUGACCCGCCGUCGCAGCCCGCGGCUCAAUCCCCAAAUCCUCGCGAGCGACGAGGGUGGCGCCGUAAUAGGCCUCCGUCGCAGCCCGCGGCUCCACCCCCGCCGCCCCAGGAGUGAGGAGGGCGCCGGAGUGACCAACCGCCGCAGCACGCGGCUCCACCCCCAAGUACACUCCAGCGAGGAGGGCUCCGGGAUGACACGCCGUCGCCGCCGCCGCGGUACCUCGCUGGCUGCGCCUGCCUCCCUGCCGGACGACGACGACAUGCUUCGGGAGAUCCUCAUGCGCCUGCCGCCUCAGCCGUCCUCCCUCCUGCGAGCCUCCGCCGUGUGCAAGCGCUGGCGACGCGUCACCACCGACCCCCGGUUCCUCUGCAGCUUCUCUGUCCACCACCGCAAGCCGCCACUCCUCGGCGUCUUUGAGAGAGAUGGCUACGACAUACGUGCCGACCUACUCGGCUGCCGCCAAGGCCGCAUCCUCCUCCUUGAGAUGGACUGGUUCAUUGUAUGGGACCCCAUCACCGGCGAGCAUCACAAUGUCGACAUUCCACCAGCGUUCGAUAAGUUAUCCUACCUCUAUGGGGCUGUGCUCCGCGCUGCCACCGACCAGAGCCACAUGCAUGGCAGCUGCCACUCGAGCCCCUUUAAUUUGGUCUUGAUGUCCCCGUGCCAAGGCUACGAAGAUGGUACUCCACCCAUGGCUUGUGUAUACUCCUCGGAGACUGGGGUAUGGGGCAAUCCCAUCUCGACAACAAAUCGAUGUGAGUUUGCUCGAUGUAAUCCUGGGAUCCUUGUUGGUAAUGUCCUCUACUGGACGUCUAAGAGUGUGAAUGCCAAAUCAAAAUAUUUGAAUUUGGAUCUGCUCGGAGACGACAUAAUUGAGUUUGAUUUGGAUAGGCAGAGUCUUGCUGUGAUCAAGGGGCCUCCAGGUCUUAAUCAUUCCACCACACAUCAGAUAAUCCAGUCAGGGGAUUGUGAUGUUGGUCUUGCCAUAUUGUCUCAUGGUAGAUUUGAAAUGUGGGAGAGGAAGGUCAGCUGUCACGGUGGUGCCACAUGGUUCCUGCAGAAGAUUGUUGAAAUGCAUACUGUUCUUGGGCUCCCUCCUCAGGCUGAAGGAUCGGUGAGAGCGGUCGAAAUACUUGGGUAUGAUGAGGAAAAUGGUGCAAUGUUUUUAUUUGUGGACAACAAUGUCUACAUGGUUGAAGCAAUGUCAAUGCAAUCCAUGAAACUUUAUCAAUGCAGUCAUCACAGCUAUGCCAAUGACAUUCAUCCUUUCACAAGUUUCUAUGCACCAGCCAUUCCUGGUGGACGUGGCGGAGCUGGAAUGCUGCAAGAUAUGUAGGAUGACUGUCUGGUCUCCUGUGGUAAUAUGCUGGAAUGGUCCUAAAGGUGAAGUAGUCAAGGGCUGCUGUUGCCCCUAGUCCCUACCGAGUUUGUCGCGUUCCAUCAAUGUGGUCGGCAGUGUGUACAUACGUUAUGUGGAAGAAAUUGCUGAACAUGUGCCUUCGUUGAGUAAGUUUGUAAUGUGACAAGAUGCAUUUUAAUACCUAAACGAGGGAAGUAGUUCAGCUUCCCCAAGACAUCAUAGUUCACUUCAGAUUCUGUUGCAAUAUCUUCUUUUACAUGGUUGUGCUUGGCAGAUCUUUAUUUGGAAGCACGCUAGUAUGCACCCCGUUUAAGUAUGAACUGUUUAAUUUCCGUUUUUAUUAAAUAUGAACUCUGGUAUGUAGUAUGAA